AAAACAGAAAAGAUGAGUAGAUAUCACGAUGCGAGUCAAUCGUGAGUUUGGCAUUGAAAAAUAUCAGACUGAAAAAGAAUUUUAGCUAGUAGGUAAGUUGCUUAAUAGGGGUUACAAUGGCAACAACAGCAACACAGUCACUAACUACUUCAUGUUCAAUUCUUUCUCCGCAUAUAUCUCUACAACGCAUUCGCAUUCCCCGCAUAUUCAACUACAAUAACACGUGUAACUUUCCCAAAGCCACAACGAACGUAACCGUUUCCCAUCAAUUUUCCCCUUUCCAUUUUCCCGGUAAAUCUCCGCGCCACACUACCGCCGUCAUCGCCGCUUCAUCCGCCGACGACAGCGGGACCACGUCUCAAGAUCUCGCCGUUCUUCUCGAAGUCGACGGGGUUCUUGUGGAUGCAUACCGUGUAGGGAAUCGCAUAGCCUUCAAUAAAGCAUUUGAGAAACUUGGACUUGAUUGUGCGAGCUGGAACGAACCUGUCUAUUCAGAUCUUUUAAGAAGAAGCAUUGGAGAUGAGGAAAAAAUGCUAUUCUUGUAUUUUAAUCGAAUCGGGUGGCCUUCGUCAUUACCCACAAAUGAGAAGGGACUCUUUACAAAAAGUGUUUUACUGGAAAAGGAAAAGGCUUUGGAAGAGUUUGUGACAUCAAAAAGUCUACCUCUACGGCCUGGUGUUGAACAGUUUAUUGAUGAUGCAUACAAUGAAGGAAUUCCAGUGGUAGUAUUAACAGCCUACACUAAAAGUGGUGAUAAUAUUGCGAGGACCAUAUUAGAAAAGCUUGGUAAUGAUCGAAGCAACAAGGUGACUGUUGUGGGGAUUAAGGAGGCUGAGCAAAGUUUAUAUGGCCAACUCAUCUCAGGAAAGGUGAUUGCUCAUGGUUUGGAUGAAGAGCUUGCUAAGGAAGCCAGAAGAGCAGCUUCUGCUGAGAAACAAAGACUGGCAAAGGAGGUAGCAUCCAUGCUAAAUUUGAGUGUUGCGAUUGAUACUGGCUUAUCUGAAAGUCUAGAUAAGAUUGUGACUGCACUACAUGCGGGAGCCGAAUGUGCAAGGCUACCUAUCUCCAACUGUGUCCUUGUUGCAGGAAGCCAAUCUGGAGCAGCUGGAGCUGAACGGGCAGGCAUGCCGUGUGUUGUUCUACGGAGCAGUUUGACAUCUAAAGCUGAGUUCCCGUUAGCAAUUGCCACUAUGGAUGGGUUUGGAGGUGGAGAUCUGACCAUUUCAAAAUUACGCAAUCUAUGCCAGAAGAAACAACCAAAGGAUUGAAUGAGUUUUAUAUCCAUUACUCGCAAGAAAUUCAAAAUAAGAACCAAGUACCCACUUGCUCUGGAUUUGAAGCCGGCAAGCAAAAGGAACGUGCCUCUAGAAAAGGAGUGUAAGAUAGGUGUCUUCGGAGACAAUUUUUGCUGGUACGAUGAUUCUUAUCAUUUUGUAUUGAUAUUUGGUGCUUCAUUAGCAAAUCCACAUUAUAGGAUGAAGCAAACGAUAAUAAUUUAUCAUGUGACUUUUAGUUUUUUCUGUGUGAGAUCUAAGAAAAAACUAUUCUUAUGAGUCAUUUUGGCUGCAAAAAAGCUUUAACUGCAGUUGCUGAGUAAAUAUCAUUGUAAUCUGAUGUGAUGCUGCAAUUUGAACAGAGCUGAGAUACAUGAUGAUUAUGUAUUUCUCACUUGAAUGUGGCACCUUGGCAAGUUAAAAAUUAAAUGCGGAUCUUAGUGUGUUA